UGGAGCAGCACCGCGGUGUGCCUGACGCAGCUCAACCACCUUUCACACUGUAACUAUGAGUGCAAAUUCAUUCCUGGAUCUAUCACUCUCUGCGCCUUUAUUUAGACUAGUUUUUAUUUGUUAGUUUUAUUUAUUUGUUUUUAGUUUCAGGUGAGCAUGUGCGUAAUUUUGCGAGGAUUGCCGAGGUGCCACCGGGAGUGAGUUGGGGCAAUAUGCGCCGCUUGGAUAUGAUUUCCACCCGAAAGGCUUAUGGAAUAUAGCCUGAUUUGUCCCAACCUGCACGCCCUCUGGUCCAGCCCCGUGAAGAAGAAACUACUCCUGCUCAGCAUCAUGUUUUUAAUCUGGGUCUACAUGCUGUACUCCUGCGUGGGCUACUGCUCCACCAUGCCAAGUUUGGUGGUGGACAGCUACCGGGGCAAGGAGACCGGUUCGGCGGCGGUGGGCAAGAGGACAGAGAGCAGGACGGACCUGGUGUCCAGACUGCUGUCCAAACCGCAGCCGUGGGAGGAUAUAGAGAGCGACUACGAGGAGCCGUCCAUCAGGACCGCCGCGUCCAGAGACCUGCUCAAUAACGAGCUGGAGACGGAGAGAGCCGAGGACUGGGACGAGAUGCGGGCCGAGCAGCUGCAGCAGAGAGCCCCGGAGCCCAGCGCCAUGUCCAGCUUCUCCAACGGCUCCGGGAGCAAGAAGCUGCCACAGGCGAUCAUCAUCGGGGUGAAGAAAGGAGGCACCCGGGCUCUGCUGGAGUUUCUCCGGGUUCACCCGGACAUCAGAGCCGUGGGAGCGGAGCCACACUUCUUCGACCGCAACUAUGAGAACGGACUGGAGUGGUACAGGGAGCUGAUGCCCAAAACCCUGGAGGGCCAGAUAACCAUGGAGAAAACCCCCAGCUACUUUGUGACCAGAGAGGCUCCGGCCAGGAUAUCCGCCAUGUCUUUGUCUUCGCUGAUUGUGGUGGUGAGGGACCCCGUCACCAGGGCUAUCUCGGACUACACUCAGACUCUGUCCAAGAAGCCCGACAUUCCCUCUUUCGAGAGCCUCACCUUCAAAAACAGGACUACGGGGCUCAUCGACACCUCGUGGAGCGCCAUCCAGAUCGGCAUCUACGCCAAGCACCUGGACAACUGGCUGCAGUACUUCCCCAUGGAGCAGAUCCUGUUCGUGAGCGGCGAGCGUCUGAUCACCGACCCGGCCGGAGAGCUGGGCCGCGUGCAGGACUUCCUGGGGCUCAAGAGGAUCAUCACGGACAAACACUUUUACUUCAACCAGACCAAGGGUUUCCCGUGCCUCAAGAAGGCGGAGGGCAGCAGCAAGCCGCACUGCCUGGGCAAAACCAAAGGGCGGACCCAUCCGAACAUUGACCCUGAGGUGGUGCAGAGGCUACGGGACUUCUACAGGCCCUUCAACAUGAAGUUCUACCAGAUGACGGGACAUAACUUUGGUUGGGAUUGAUGUGAAAAUCAUAAGACUCUUUUUUUUUUGUUAAUUUGUCAAGACGUUUUUUUUUUUUUCCUCUGUAAUUCAAUGGCAAGAUGUGGAGAUAUUGCUAUAUAUAUGUAAAAUGUACAGAAAUCUAUUUUAUAAUAAUUUAUUUUUAU